AUAGCGCUAGUUUUGCACAGUGACCCAGACUCAAGUAACUGAUGGAUUUAAAAUAAUCUCGGGAAGGGCAUUGACAAAAAUCUGGGAAAUGCUUUGUAACUGUUAGUACAAAUCCAUAUGUAUUGUUGCAGGCGUUUGGUGUCCCGGGUGGGCGGAUGUGACUCUCAGAAGACCAGAGACACAGGUUGCUGCACCAACAACUGCUUCCUGCUCACGGCCACGGGGUAUGACUGCUACGUGACCACCUGCAACCCCCUGCGGUAUUCAGUCGUCAUGAGUAAAGAGGCCUGUGUCCAGUUAGCAAGUGGCUCCCUGGGAACCGGCCUGGGCGUGGCCACUGUCCAGGUAACAUCUGUGUUUGGCCUGCCCUUCUGUGACGCCCUUGUCAUAUUUCACUUCUUCUGUGACGUCAGGCCCCUGCUGAAGCUGGCCUGCGUGGACACCCCUGUCAACGAGAUCAUCAACUUUGUCGUCAGCGUCUGUGUCCUGAUUCUGCCCACGGGCCCGGUCUUCUUCUCCUAUGUCCUCAUCGUCUCCACCAGCCUCAAGAUCCCCUCUGCCCGGGGCCGGAAGAAGGCCUUUGCCACCUGCACCUCCCGCCUCAGAGUGGUCAUCGUCCACUAUGGCUGUGCCUCCGUCGCCUACCUCAAGCCCAAGUCCCGGAGUUCCCUGUGGCAGGACAGACUCAUCUCUGUGACCUACACCGUCCUCACUCCCCUGCUGAGCCCUGUCGUACAGCCUGAGGAACAAGGAGGUCAAGGAUGCCCUGCGCAGAGCCGUGGGGCAGAAGCCCCUUUCCUCUUAACAAGGACAGAUUAUUGGAAGGCUUUUAACUGAUUUUGUUUAACGUGUAUCAAUUUUAAUGCUGUUUCAAAAAUGCCUUUAAAUAUGGGAUCAAGAAGGAUGCGGGGAUGGCUCGGUCGGUUAAGAGUCUGACUUCAGCUCAGGUCAUGAUCUCAUGGCU